CCUUUGCGCGUUACUGUUGCACCGAGAUUGUAGGCCAUUAAUUCGAGCAGUGCUGCCCUGAGUUCUUCGCUCGCUGUUAUUGUAAAAAACAAAAUCGUGCAUAAAAGUUGGUUUCAUUUUCCUUCACAUAAUUCUCGUGUCCUGGCGUGGCAAGUACGGGGUGUGUGUGUGUGUGUGUGUGUGUAUGUGUGUGGAGAGUAUGGAUCGAAUCCUUUUGCUUUGCCCCAUUGUAAUUUGAACCACGAUCCUGCCAUCGCCCAUCGUGUACAGGCAGAGGAGCAGAACGAGAGUUGCCGGGAGCGGACGAGGGCAGCGAAAAUGUGGAAAACGAAAUGGGAAGUGUCCAUGCGCCAUGUGUACAGAGAAUCGGAGUGUAAUCGCGUAAACCGAGAAACCGAGAUGGAAAAAGUGCGAAAAGGAAUCAAAGUAAACUUUGCAAAAAACAGCUACCCUUUUUUGUGCAUGUGUUUGGGUGCGUGUGUAAACGAAGGAAGCUAAUAGAUAUUUUGUUUCGCGAAGGACGAAGGGUACACUCACGCAACCUCACAAGCACACGCACACAGACUGUUAAUCACGCCACGCACUACGCCACGAGGCCCUGCGGAUCCGCGAAAUUUGGGAAAAACGGAACAUUUGUGCAGCAGCAACAGCAGGCGGCGAUGAGGAAAGGAAGCGAUGGAGACAGCGGAAGGGAGAGGCAGAAAAGGAGAAGAACAAAAAAGAACAUGAAACUCUGGGGUGAUACGGUGUUAUACUAGGUAAAUUUAAUUAUUUUUUUUUUAAGUUUAAAAACGAUAAAUAAUAAACGAUGGAUGGCGUGAACGAAAUACAGAAAAGGAUACCAACCACCACCACCACUACCAAAGGCACCAUCGCGUCACGCGUCACGAGGUGUGAACUGGUAGGUGGAAAAUCAAUUUCGGAAUCAAGUAGCCGAUCCUGUGAGAGGGGUAUAAUGAUGAUGAUGAUGAUGGUCCCUGAGCCGAAACUCUUGUUCCUCCCACACGCCCGAUUCCCUUUCCACCAAACAAACUCCGGAACGCAAUCAAACUACUAACUAGACGUAACGGAAUGAAAAAACACAAAACGAGACAAGAUCAAAAUAAAGACAAAGAAAGCGAGAGUGCUGGGGGGUCGUCGGGUGGCCGCUCCACCCUCCAUUCUCUCCAUUCUCACAUUCUUUUCAAGGACGAACUCAUCCCGUCGCGGCCAGCUCCGCCGGUACACUUGACACACACGCAUGCACGCGUUUGGUUUGGUGGGUAGCUAGGGAGGAGUGGAGUGGCGAGGCGGUACUAGAGUGGAAGGGGAAGAGGGAAUGGGUUCCGGAAAUCGGAAAAUAUUAUAUGGAGAACCCCUUUUUUUGUACAAAAAACGAAUAAAAACGACGAAAGCGAAGCCAAGAAA